AUGCAUAAUUCAGAAUCGUCGAUAAAUGAAAUUGAAAUACCUACUCCCAAGAGAGAGAAUGACUCGCAACUUCAAUCAGAAAGCGAUGAUUUAUUAAUGGAAAGGGAUUCGUAUCCAAAAAUUCAAAAAGCAGACUCUCACGAAUCUCUAAUAUCUGAACAUCACACUUAAUCAAAAAAAUACAGAAAAAUAGUUUAAGCCUUAGACAUAAUUGGAAUGCUUGGAUUAUUAACUUAUUGCAUAUUGAUACAGUCCUAUUACUCCACAUUUUAUUUGAUAUGUCUACUCCUAAUAUUGAAUUACUCAUACAUUAGUAGCUACAAGGGUGUUCAAGUUAAAGAUGGCAAACUGUACACAUUAACUGAAUUCGCAUCCUAAUAAGAAUAGUUUCAUAAUACCAAUUAAAAUUAAGAGCAAUCUGAAAAUACAUUCAUAACCCAAUAUUGGUUGGUUCUUCAUGAUUUCAAGAAACCAAUUUGGUAAAGUUUUGUUGUCGUUUCUGCAUUCUCUUUAAUUGUUAAACUUGUUUUGUAUCCCAUAGCAAAGAAUGGAGUAAAUUUUAAUCUAAUAUUGCAAGGGUUAUGAUAUGAUGUCAAUUGAAAACUUCAGUGGACUUGAGGUCUAUUUCACAGUUAUCAAAGGCAAGAUCACUGUUUCCUCUGCAGAACAAGGUCUAGCAUUUGCACCCAAUUGCAUUAUGUUGGCUUUGGCCUUAAUUAUUCUCACUUUCAGGAAUGCACAAAUCAAACAAGAAUUCCAUGAAUUAAAGGAUAGUCCUAUAUUGACCAAAUUCUUUAUUGUAAGAAUACGCAAAUUUAUACUUAGCUUAUGAUGUUGCUUAAUCUGAUUAUUUUGACUUGUUGUACCAAAUCUCUGAUUGGCCUUAUAAUGUGGGGAUUUUAAUUGGUAUUGCUGUUGAGAAUGUAUUAGAAUCAAUUAGUAGAAAAAGUUUAUUUUAUAAUUUUGAAAAUCGUACUCAUGGUAAUAUUAGUGGUUAUGUACUUCAUCAGUACACCAAUAAAGAAGGUUAUUCUUUAAAAUAAUUAAGCAGCAUCAUUCACUUUAUAGUUUACUGGGUUUUAGUUAUUUGGAUACUUUUCGAAUUAUGAAGCCCAAGCCAUUCUAUUUAUUAUCUUCUCGAUUUUUGUGCUAAAUAUGCUUUGCAUCGUUAGUGAAAAGAUUAAGACGCAGAAUCUAAAAGAUCAGUUUAAUCACACCAUUGCUGAAAUCUCCUAAUAAUACGAAGAUUUUAAAUAAUUUUAAGUCUUGAUUAAAAGUUAAUUGGACAACAUUUCAGUUGACAUUAAUGAUUCCCCUAAAUUAAAGAAAAAAAGUGGAGAAGAUGAAUUAUCAGAUUCUGAAGAAAUUGAUUUAUAAGAAGAGAAGGAUUUAUCAGAUCAAAUUAGUGAUGAAUAGGAUAAAUCAAAGGACAAUCCUAAACCAAAUAGAAUUUCUGAAUUCUUUCUGGAUUAAUAAGCUAAUUCUUCAAUUUAUUUUCAUAAAAUAGAAAAGGCUUGGUAUGAUUCUCUGGAAAACAUAAAAAAUACCAUUGAUAAACCAAUUAUUUCAUUAAUUGUUUUACAAAUCUUGUCUCUAUGCAUAGUCAUCCUCCAAUAGACCUAUUUUUCCAUUUUGUUGGUGUGUUGGCUUAUUUUAACAGGAUUUACAUUAAAUUUUAGGAUAAUUCGAAUUGCUACUUUAUUUUGUAAUAUUCCUUCAUUAUUGAUCAAUUUUUUUACUUUCUACUACAGCAACAUAACUGGAUUAGAUAGACCUAAUAAUUUCUAUUAAUUUUGUCCUUCUAGUGCAUACAAAGCUAUAGAUGAGUUACCAAUGACAGUUUGUUAAAAACUUGGAUUCUUUUAUUAGGAUAAAUCGGCUGUGAAUUCAAUUUUGAUGAAUUGCACUUUGUGUUUAUUUUUUUUGUUCAUCAAAUAAAUAGAAGAGCAAGAGGAAAAAGAAAAAUAAAUUCAAGUUAAAUCUAAUGAAAUUGAAGAUAUGCCUAAAUGGUUUAACAUUUUUUUAGCCUUUUUCUUCAGAAUUGACUUUUUAAUCAUAAUUAUAUUGUUGUAUUGGGUUGGAUUUAAUGAAAUAAGUAUCAUAUCGUUUAUUAUGAUUCUCCUAUUGAUAAUUUUCAUUGUUAAUUAGUCAAGUAAAUGCGAUUAUAGGGGGAAACGAGUACCUUUUCAACAAAAAUAUUGGAUAAUUCUUUUGGUUUAUAUGAGUUUCCUGACUUUGAUAAAAUAUCUCUACAUCUUAUUUGGAGUUUAGGAGAGUUAUUUUGCGGUCUAAAUAAUCGGCCUCAAUAUGCUCAAUAAGUAAUUAGUUUCGAAUUGGCUAUUGUUUUAUCUGACGAUAAUUCAAUAUUAUGGAUUUAACACUGCUAUUUAUGAUCGAUAUUCAAAUGUAAAACAAAAAUCAUAUUUUAGAGAUUAAUAGCCACAAUCUCCUAAGUUGAGAGUGUGAAAGGCAAUCUACCUAACUUCAGAUAUCAUUUUGGAAUUUUGGAAACAAUUUAUGGCCAUUCAUUGAUAUGGACAGCCUAUGUAGUCAAUAUCUGCUUCUUAUUGUUCACUCCCUACAGCUAUCUAAAUAAUUUAUUACUCUUAUAUAUAGGAAUCGUUUUCUUGUAUCAUGUGAAGUCAAUAAAUUCCUAAAUCAAUUACAUUAAAUUAAGAGCCUUGUGGUAUGUGUACAUGUAUUUUUUGCUGAUCGCUUUUUCAUAUAGAUAUCUAUUUUCUUUUUUGUAAUUUAUCCUUAAAUUUAUUAGAUUAGUUGUGUUCCAGAUUUGGAAAAUAAAUCAACCAUAUUUUAAAAAUUCUAUGAGAAUCUCUAAUUAUAUUAUCAGGAAGCUGGUCUAUAUGCCUACUCUACAGAUAAUUUAAGAAUGGAAUAUUUGGCUGACACACUAAAUAUCUUGUUCGGUGCAUUUGCGUUGAAUUAAUUGUCAAAAUUUAAGAACUUGCAAAUAAGCUAACACAAUAAAAAUUUGGGUGAAUCUAGUUCAUAGAAUGUUCUAGAUUUGAAGAUAUUAGAUUAAUAUCAAUGGCUUAAAUUGAUAUUGAUUGGAAUUGCUCAUCUAAAUACUGAUUUAAUUACAAUAUACAUUGUCAUAUCUUGUGUACUUUAUCUAAGAUCAAUAGCUGCAUUCAUAUUGCUAUCCUUAUAUCUAAGUUAUUUCUACCGAGUGCAUAAUACCAUUUUGGAUAUUCUAGAAGAGAAAAAAAGCUUGUCAAAACUCCAAACAUGUAAGAUUUAAUCAUGAUUUAGAAAUUUAUCUAUUGAAGCAAUUGUAUCUUCAGUUCGCUUCAGAUAUAUCUCAUAUAGAUGAACCUAAAAAGAUUAGCAGAUUGAAUGACGAAAUUAAAUUGUUGCGUUUAACCACUAGAAUCAAACUGAAAAGAAAGAUUUGGUUAUAUUCCUUUUAUUUCACUGCCUUUUGUAUUUUCCUGUCUUACUUGUCUUAAUUUCUAUCAACUGAAUCAUUCACAGAAAAUGUCAGAUCUCCAUUAUGGGUUGAUUAUACAGUGCUUAGCUUUUUUCUUUUUGGAACAUAUUCAAGAUAAUAUCAAAUUACAAAUUAAUGCUAUUGUGGUUAUGAAUCAAAUAAUAAUGAUUGCAAUUAGAGUAAUUAUGUUCAAACUGAAUCAAAUAUGUGGUAGGUUUCAUGGUUUUAUUUGUUUCUUCUGUUUGUUAAUGUUAUUGAUACUGCUUGCACAAAGAUAUUAGAAGAUGACUUAACUAAAAGUAUAGAAAAUCUACAAGAAACCUAAGAAAUGAAUAAAAUUGAGGAAUCAAGGAUUCAAAAUUAAUCAUAUGAAGAGAGCAAAGAAAUAUUUGAUAAAAAAUACGAUUUUGUUGUUUUUGUUAAAAGUCAUAGUGAAUACAAUUCAUUUGACAGAGAAGUAAUAAUUUUGAAUUACUUUACAAAUAAAAGUAGAUUUGUAAAGAUUUUACUCAAUGAAUCAUUAUUCAAAAUCUUCUAAAGAUUCCUUAUUUUACUUUACCUAUCGAAUACUUUGCUUGUUAAUACGAUAUUUUCCUUAUUCUACUUGACCAUAUCAGUUAUCUUAUUUUAAAUGAGUGCUACAGUCAAAAAUACUAAAAUGUUGAAUUCAAUUGCAAUAUUCUCAAUCCUAUUUUAGUAUUUCCUUUACCUAUUGAAUUGGACGCCUUCAGAAAAUGAUAUUCCUAAGUUUGACAAUUUUAUUCUCUCGCCUUAAGAUUUUAAUAUUAUGGCUAAAACAAACUUAUCUGAUUAUUGGUUGGCCUUUUUAGGUUUUGAAAGCACAGAAAUCAUGGAUUGUGAAUAACUCGAAUAAAGUGCCUUUUAAGAUAUGAAUUGUGAGACCAAUAAAUUGCUAAACAUUGUCAUCGUGUUCAAUUGUCUCAUAGUGUCUUUUAUUUAUUUGUAUUUUUUAAUGCUAGAGUGGUUUUGCAAUCAAAUCUUUAAGCAAUCUAUUAAAAUGAAGAAUGAAUUUAUAAUUUGCAAAAAAGUACUAAGUAAUCACAGAGACAGUCAGAUUAUUAUUACUUAUAACUUAUGGAGACAGAAGAAUUAUAGUUUUCGACAUGUAUUGAUACAAACAAUAUCGAUGAAUUAUCAUUUGAUUCUCUUUGGAUUUGUAUUGUUAUUGUGUGAAAUGAAUCGAUCCAUAUUUAACCUUCUUUAAUUACUUAUAGUCAUUGGGUUUUUAUACGCUGCAGAAUUCCAUUUUAAAUGGCCAUAUGCUUAUACUGAGCGAAGAAAAAUAAAAGCCUUCUAUCAGGCGAUUUUCACCUUAUCUGCCAUAAUCAUUGCUUUAUUUACAUUUUUGAAGAUUCCAACCUUCUUGGAAUAAUGCGUUAAUGCUUCUUAAGUUAGAGUGGAUGAAGGGAGCGGCUUGGAGUUUUAUUGCAUGGAGGCAUUUAAUUUAAAGAUAGAUGGACAGAUAUUCUUAAUCUUUUUCAUCUCAUUGCAUUUUGAUUUAUAGACAUCCAAUCAUAUGAGAACUACGUAAGACAACUACUAAUCUAAAUUAACCUUAAGAGCUAAGAUGGUUUCAAGAGGUCUGGCCUACAAUUACAAUUACAUUUAGUACAAGAAAAUAUUGCAAUUGUAGGAAGAGAAAAACCUGUUGAAUCAGAUAUCAGAUACGAUUGAAUAGAAGAUGAUAGUUUGGAAGCGAAGAGUUAGGGAAAUAUAGAUGAAAUCAUUAGUAAAAGAAAAGUCAAUUACCAUUCAAUAAUAAUAAUAUCCAUAAUUGACUGCUAGCUUCAUGACUGAACCAGAAGUUUAAAUACCAGAUCAUUAAUCAUAUCUUCGGAAAGUAUACAUAAAAAUGAUCAUUUGGAUGAGGAAUGAUAAUUAAUCCAUCAAAUUCAUGCCAUUUCACAUUUUGAUGGAUUACAUACUUUAACAGAAUAAACGAUUGCAGAGACACAUUUUCAUAACAAUUGAGAAUCAUCUGAUGAAUGAUACUAAAACUUAUGAAGAGGAGGUGAAAACUCUUGAGAAAAUUUAUAGACGAUUUUAUCAGGAAAUUAGUAAAAAUAAGGAUAAAUUAAAUGACAUGGUUUUGGAUAAGAUUAUUUAAAAAGCCAUGGAGAAGUAUAAGAAAUUGUAUAAACCUAUUAAGGGAUAACAAUAUAAUAAGUAUAUGAACUAAUAGUAAUUGAAUUACUAGUUAAGCAAGGAGCUUAGAUUUGUUCAUAUUAUAGAUGAAUAGGAGAGAAUAGUUUUGGAGUAAACUAAAUAGAAAUAUCCAAUCAAUAAGUUAAUAUCAAUGAAAACAAUUAACUUAUUUAGUUUAUUUCUACAGGAUCUAUUUAAAUAUUGCAUAAUCAAUUGGGAUACAAUAACCAACAUCAUAAUAAUUUGUUAUUAUUUCAAGAACUAUGCUCUAUUUGGAAUGCUCUUGCCAAUAACCAUGUUUGUUUGGGGAUUGAUAGAUGUCAACUCUAAGAUAUUUUGGAUGAUUUCCUACUCAUUAUACUUCUUUAUCCUUUUAAUGAUAUUUGUAGACUCAAUGUAUGGAGUGGUAUACAAUAAGUCAAAUUAACCUGAGUAGUAUAUUCCAUGGUAUUACAUUUUAGAUAACAGUAAUACAUUUGGGUUGUUUUAUGAAAUAUUUACAAUUUGGUUGAUUACAUUUCAAGUAUUCUUGCAAAAGUCCUUUGGCAUUUUUGAUUACCCAUUCACUCUGAUUGAGAAUAUCUUUUAAGGUUACAUCAGAUUAAAACUCAACAACUUUAAUAAAGAUAUGGUAGAAGAGAUAGUGUAAGAAUAAGAAAUACAAAGAUCAAGAUCCAAGUCAGAGAUAGGUAGAAUAGAGAAUCCAGAAAUUGAGAGAAUAGAAAUAGAAAAUCAAUUAUAAGGAAGGUCUUUUUUGGAGAAAUCAGGAAUGGAAGUUGAACCUGAGAGUAUAAUGUUAUAAAUUGGGAAUGAUUUAGAGAGAAAAAUCGCAGCAAAUCCUGAUAUCCUAAGUGAUAAAUACAAACCAGGAUUUUUCGAGAAAAUUAUGUCUUAUGAGUAUGCAAGACCUGGUGUAGAUCUUUACUUAUCUAUUGCUUCAAUAUAAGUCAUCCUAUUCUUGUAUAUGUUAUUCUUUUUCAAUUUCAUGACUGGAGAAUAAUAGAAUAUAGAAGGGUAUUUGAAGUAUAAUUAAGUACCCGCUUAAUUAGUAUUGGCAUUAGUGUUUCAAAUGUUAUUUAUGAUGGUUGAGAGAUAUAUUGAAUUAAGAGGAGAUUAAAAAUACAUCAAUGCUCAAGAAAGAGCAGUGUUCAAAGAUAAAUACAAAACAUAAUUUGUUUAAAAGUAUGUAUUACAAGUAGUGAUUCUAACUUUGGUAUUCUUUUUUGUUUACUGCUAUUUGUUGCAACUUUGGAACAGAAAUAUCAAUGACUAUAAAGACUAUAAUACGUCUAUCGUAAUGUAUUUUCUGUUAUUUUGUGCCUAUUUUUAUUUAUCAGCCCUUUAACUUAGAUAUGGAUAUAGAGAAUUGAAGGUUAGAAAUCAAUUUUUGUAUGUCUAUAAUUCACUUAGCUACUAUUUUGCAUUAAUCUUAUAUUCAAUUCCAUUUUUAUAUGAUUUAAAGGUGUUGUUGGAUUGGACUUGUUUAUAUACAUCACUUGAUAUCUAUUAAUGGUUUAUUCUAGAGGAUAUUUAAAGAUAAAUGUUUUUCACUAAAAUGUCCUCACAAAAGGUAAUGAAACGACAAUUAGGCCUAGAAAUAUCGAAGAUAAGCAAAUUAAUUUACUUUUUCUUUGUUGUUUUUAUUUUAAUUUGUAUCUUAGGUCCUUUGAUUUUGUUUUCUGCCCUCAAUCCAUCUGCACAGAGCAAUCCUAUUGUCAGUGGAAGUUUCGCAAUUAAUUUAGUUAAUGUGGACACUAACUUAAACGUUUAAUUUUAUGAAUCCAGUCAAUUAUUUGGAUUAGAAUUACCUAUUUUAAUAGAUUACUCUGAGAUCACAGCUCUAACCAAAUAAUAAAAAAUAACUUAAUCAUAAAUAGAUAAUUCAGGGGGAAUCCAAAGAUUUCAAUUAUCAGACUUUUCAAAUUAGAAAUGGCAAGUCUCGCUUCCGCUUUAUAAUCAAUUGAUUAGAGAAUUGAAUCAAACCAUAUCUCUGGAAGAAAAAUACAAUUUCUUGUUUAAUGUGACAUUUACGUUUCGGAGACGCUUCUAAUUUAUCCUGCCAUCUAUAUAUAAAUUUUCAUAUCCCUAUAAUCCUCUAAUAAACGGAGAAAAUGGGACAGUAGGAUUAGGCAUGGAUCAACUCAAAUACAUUAGGAAUGCCGCCAUGGCUUGCAAUACUUCAGGAGUCAUGUUACCUAAUUUCUACAUAGAAGCUCUAAGAAUUUACUAAAGUUCUGCAACAAAUUAUAACACUACUCCUAUUUAUGGGAAGGAUAUUCCGACUGCAUAGGAUGUUUUCUUAAAUAUUAACUGUUCUUAUGGUAACACAAAUCCUCUUUAAGGAGUUUCUAAUUGGGAAUUUCAAUAUGCUGGAAAUAGUAGCUUAUUUUCGAACUCAUCGAAUCUAACUUUGGCUGAUGGAUUAUUAUAUUUUGUAAUCUGUGAUAAUUACUCUUUCUUAACAUAUGGAUUAAGUGUUAUCACUAUUUACACAACAGUCAUACUUCUUAUAGCUAAGUUCAUUAGAAGCACGUUCUCUUCGCAAGUGUUUAUGUUUGAGUUUGCAUAAAUGGUUUAACCGGAUGAUCUAUUGUCAAUAUGUUAGGCUGUAUCUGUAGCCAGAUAGCUAUAAAACUACAGAAAGUACACUAUUUCAUGUUAUAUAAUUUAGAGAAAAUUUAUUGUAUUUUGAGUUGAUUGAUAUUUUGCGAUCUCCAGAAUUAGUGAAAGCAAUGACAGGUGCCUGGUCAGAAAAGUUUGACUCCUAAUAGAAUAAAUAAAAAGAAGUUAAUGUUAAAGACUAGCAAAAUUAGAAACAGCAUAAUGAAGAAUCUAAAUUAAAGUAAGACUGA